ACUCAGUCAUGGACACGACGUGCAUCUCUCUAAUCAUUCUGCUCGGUUUGUGCUGCUCCUCACAGGAGAGAAGGUCUGAGGAGGCUGUGCUGAGGGUCGUCCGACUGGGAGACAAUAUUACCCUGCAGUGUGAUGUCAAAUAUGAGUUUGAUACCUUCUGGUACAGAAAAUGCUCUCAUGAUAACCAGCCUCCACUGAAACUGUCUGGCUACGGAUUGCUGCACAGUCCUCUUCCUCAGUACAGUUUUGUGUGGAAUAACUCAUCGUUUUCAUUCAGUCUGUCAAUUAAAAACAUCACAGAGUCUGAACUGGGACUUUACUACUGUUCCGCAAAAUAUCUGAAACAUUACACUGGACCGGAUGGAAAAUCCUCUGAUGAAGAAAGAAACCGCUUUGGAAAUACGACCACUAGACUUCUGAUUGCAGACGGUUCCAAUGGCACCAUAACGACCCCCAGCGGUUCUACAGCAGGGAUGAUCCAGAGCUGGAUGCUGGUGGUCAGUGUGUCUGCGGCUGUUCUGCUCUGUGCUCCUCUCUCUGUCGGUACCUACUGGCUGGGGAGAAGACAGGGGAUAAAACAGACCACAGCUAAACAAAGAAUUACAAGAUUUAAUGAUGAACCGGAGGAGGGACAGCUGAACUAUGCCACACUGAAGAUCCGUAAAGGACCCAGGCCGUCCAGGACAAAGCCUGAUCAGAACAGUGAUAUCUGUACCUACUCCGAAGUCUACAGAGGUCAUGUGUGACAAAUUUACAGCACUAUGUCUCUUGUGUAAUCUGCGGGAUGGAAAUAAUUUAUGUAGUAAUAUUUCAGAAUAUAUUAAACUUACCCAUUACUAUGGAUAAAAAUGUAUACCAACGUUAAGAGUGAGUUUUGAAAUUCAGUAGCCAAGUCUUAGCAUUUAUUCCUAGUCCCUGUUGAUUUAAUUAAGUUGCUUUGUAAAUUAAUAAAAUCUUGAGAAUGUAAACGUAUUCUACGACUUUUAUGAACAAGAUUUGUCACUCUGCAGUUCAUUCAGUGAUAAAUUAAACAUUUAUUUAUUGUUCAAACGUAA